AUGUCAAGACCUCCAAACAAGAUCGAGCGUCAGGGAAUAGCGGAAGAAACUCAAUCGCUCACGACCAACAUCCUCAACACCACCAAUGCCUCAAAUGAAGCAAUCCUAUACUCCCGACUCCUCCCAGCCCUCCCAACCUCAGACAACACAACCAAACCCAAACUCUCAAUCCAAAACAUGGACAGCUUCACAGCAGCCAAGACAAUCCUAGACACCAACCCAUCCGCCAAAAUCGGCGUGUUGAAUAUGGCCAGUGAAAGGAAUCCCGGCGGAGGGUGGCUUCGCGGAGCCCUGGCGCAAGAAGAGGCAUUGUGCAUGCGAAGUACAUUAGCCGCAACACUGUACAAACGAUUCUACCCUCUUCCCAUCUACGGCGCGAUUUGGUCACCUAGCGUAGCGGUAUUCAGGGGUGAAAUUGGGUCCUGGGGUCGUGUUUACCAACCUGAAGAGAUAUUUUCGGUGGGUGUUAUUAGCAUGCCGGCGUUGCGGCGUCCUACUCUAACGGGAGAUAAGAAGAGAUUUGGUGAGUGGUCCUUAAAUGUUGCAUUUCUAUUUCAUUUUUCAUUUCUCAUUUCUGGGGAAAUAGCUCGUCCGCAGGAUGUCGACAUUCUAAAGAACAAAAUGCGACAAAUCUUCCGAAUUCUUGCCCAGAACAAGAUCACACACUGUGUACUUGGUGCAAUGGGCUGCGGUGCGUUCCAGAAUCCCCCGGCUGAAGUUGCCAGGAUCUAUAAGGAAGUACUCGAGGAAAGUGAAUGGAAUGGUCUGUUUGAAGAGAUCAUGUUUGCUGUUUUGGACACCAGGGGCGAGUCCAAUUAUACCAUCUUCUCGAAUACCCUGAUCGACACUGUAUAG